GCGGUCGCCGUCACGGAGCGGAGCUAGCUUGUCAUCCGGCCGCCAUUAUCUCAUAUUUUAAACGGAUUCGUAUUCAAUUAAAGUUCGGGCUGCCGUUACGCGUUUUCAGUGUCGAUACUAUAGUACAUCGAAGACAAUCUCUGUGGUGUUCAGUUCGUUCGUGCUAAGUGUGUACGACUAGGAUUGGGAGUGAUAAGUGUUAAGUUAGGUUACUGUGUGUUGAGUAUCGUCGAGUAGAGAACCGCAAUUAUCGUCGCGUAGGGUGUCUCCGGUGGGGCCGGAGCGGCAGGCGGCGUGCGGAGCGCAUGCAGAGGGAGCGGUGAGAGCGCGCCCGGCUCGGGGCGGCCGGCGGCCAGGCGCCAAGGCACAAGAACAGCUGCCGACAUGGGAUGUGCCCAGUCGGCCGAGGAGCGAGCGGCGGCCGCUCGCAGCCGACAAAUCGAGAGGAAUUUAAAAGAGGAUGGCAUCCAGGCUUCCAAGGAUAUCAAGCUGCUUCUGUUGGGUGCUGGAGAGUCCGGCAAGAGUACAAUAGUCAAACAAAUGAAAAUUAUCCACGAAAGUGGCUUUACGAAUGAAGACUUCAAACAGUACCGGCCGGUGGUGUACAGCAACACAAUUCAGUCGCUCGUCGCCAUCCUGCGCGCCAUGCCCAACCUGGGCAUCACCUAUGGCAAUAAGGACCGGGAGAGCGACGGCAAGAUGGUGUUCGACGUGAUCCAGCGGAUGGAGGACACGGAGCCGUUCAGCGAGGAGUUGCUCGCGGCGAUGAAAAGGCUCUGGGCAGACGCCGGCGUCCAGGAAUGCUUCGGCCGCUCCAAUGAGUACCAGCUCAAUGAUUCAGCCAAAUAUUUCUUGGACGACCUCGAUCGGUUAGGUGCGAGAGACUACCAGCCCACCGAACAAGAUAUUUUAAGAACUAGAGUCAAAACUACUGGUAUUGUCGAAGUGCACUUCUCCUUCAAAAACCUUAAUUUCAAAUUGUUCGACGUCGGCGGGCAGCGGUCGGAGAGAAAGAAAUGGAUCCACUGCUUCGAGGACGUGACCGCGAUCAUCUUCUGCGUGGCCAUGUCCGAGUACGACCAGGUGCUCCACGAGGACGAGACAACGAACCGCAUGCAGGAGUCGCUAAAGCUGUUCGACUCGAUCUGCAACAACAAGUGGUUCACGGACACCAGCAUCAUCCUCUUCCUCAACAAGAAGGAUCUCUUCGAGGAGAAGAUCCGCAAGUCGCCGCUUACAAUCUGCUUCCCCGAGUACACUGGCGCGCAAGAGUACGGCGAGGCGGCCGCGUACAUCCAGGCGCAGUUCGAGGCCAAGAACAAGUCCACCACCAAGGAGAUCUACUGCCACAUGACGUGCGCCACCGACACCAACAACAUCCAGUUCGUGUUCGACGCCGUCACCGACGUCAUCAUCGCCAACAACCUGCGCGGCUGCGGGCUCUACUAGACGCCGGGACACCGCACACCGCACACCGCACACCGCACACCGCCGGUCCGCUGUCACAGAGCCUAGAUCAUUUUUUAACCUACUGCAUAAGUUUUAUCCCUCUGUAAUUUUCGGACGCUCUCGUCGUUCGCCUCGCGGGCCUGGGUACCCGCGUACCUGGGUACUCGGGUACCCGGUUACCCGGGUGCCGAAGUGCCCGGGGUCGGGCGGAGCCGGGCGCGGCGCCGGAUCGGAGUUGUGAUCGUUAUUUUUCCUUGUAACAUAAACCGAUACCUGUUUUAUUCGAGAGCGGCCCCAGGGACGGCACGGACGGAGUCGCUAGAGAUCUAGUGUUCAAUUCUAAAUGUUGGUGCUAGGGAGCGCCCCUGGCCGGCGUCGCGGGUCGGGUCGGGUUGGCUCGGGUCGAGUCGGGUUGGCUCGGGUCGGCCUCUCGGCCGCCGCGUCGAUGUUUACGUUGUAUUUGUGUAAGAGUAUUUAUAGCCGCGUGUGAACCCGCUUGGAGCUGCGAAAGCGAACGCUUAUAUACUCACUCUCUUACGGACCAAACGGAAAAGAACCAAUAUAGUAGAACUGAAAUUCGGUAGUGGGGAAUGGACACGUUCACAGGCCUAUUUUAACUGAUACAAAACGUCAUUCCAUUAUUAAGUAUUAUCACUUACGAUGAGAAAUUAUUUUUUAUAAACUUUUGAAUGCAAAUCUGUAACCACUAUCAUACUGAGAGUUAUUUUACGUAGGUGAGCUCCUAUUGUAAGUCAGCUUGUACCGGCGCUCGGCGCCGUAGCGCACAAAUUAGUUAUUCCUACGAGAGCAUUACUUCGUACGCCAUAUUUCUAAAUAGUUAUUUUCGUUUGUAUUAUUUUCUAUAUCACUUUACUGUAAUCUUAAAACGUAGCCUAUAAGAGUAAUGUCUCGUUUUCGAUAAAUCAUGCUAUUUAUUUUGUAGCGUACGUAAUCUUAUUAAAGGUGGUAAUUGUAAA